UAUUUACACAAAAUGCAUUCACAGAUUAUUUUUGUCAGGCUGGAUAUUUUUCUAAAUUCAAACUUUCUAGAUCUAAGUCCUGUCUAUGAGUUGUAUGAACAGAAUUACGCCAGGCAAGCUCUGAACUUGCCCAUCUUCCAUUUGCUCAUCUGUAAAAUGCGGACAAUUAGAGCACCACUUACCUCCCAGGCUAUCAUGAAGACGAAAUAAUAGGAAUAUUUAGAACAUGAUGAGCACAGUGCUUGCUGGCAAAUGCUGGCCCAACAAAUCUUAGUUAUAGUUAGAAGAAUCCUGCCUGAAGAGUAAAUUUCCUCCUUUGCUCUUAGUUUGCCACAAAUCCAGUUGGUGCUGAGUUUUAUAUGCAAACUGUUUUUCAAUGGUCAUGUGAGUCACUGGGCCAGUCUCGCUCACAGGCAGGAUUGCAGCUGUGGACUCAUCACUAACAAGGGUUUCCUGUAUUCCCAGGAGCUAAGCUGCAGGAGGCAGGAUGGUCUGGAGGCUGGUCCUGCUGGCUCUGUGGGUGUGGCCCAGCACGCAAGCUGGUCACCAGGACAAAGACAUGACCUUCGACCUUUUCAGUAUCAGCAACAUCAACCGCAAGACCAUUGGCGCCAAGCAGUUCCGCGGGCCCGACCCCGGCGUGCCGGCCUACCGCUUUGUGCGUUUUGAUUACAUCCCACCCGUGAACGCAGAUGAUCUCAGCAAGAUCACCAAGAUCAUGCGGCAGAAGGAGGGCUUCUUCCUCACGGCCCAGCUCAAGCAGGACGGCAAGUCCAGGGGCACGCUGCUGGCUCUGGAGGGCCCCGGUCUCUCCCAGAGGCAGUUCGAGAUCGUCUCCAACGGCCCCGCGGACACGCUGGAUCUCACCUACUGGAUCGACGGCACCCGGCAUGUGGUCUCCCUGGAGGACGUCGGCUUGGCUGACUCGCAGUGGAAGAACGUCACCGUGCAGGUGGCUGGCGAGACCUACAGCUUGCACGUGGGCUGCGACCUCAUAGACAGCUUCGCUCUGGACGAGCCCUUCUACGAGCACCUGCAGGCGGAAAAGAGCCGGAUGUACGUGGCCAAAGGCUCUGCCAGAGAGAGUCACUUCAGGGGUUUGCUUCAGAACGUCCACCUAGUGUUUGAAAACUCUGUGGAAGAUAUUCUAAGCAAGAAGGGUUGCCAGCAAGGCCAGGGAGCUGAGAUCAACGCCAUCAGUGAGAACACGGAGACGCUGCGCCUGGGUCCGCACGUCACCACCGAGUACGUGGGCCCCAGCGCGGAGAGGAGGCCGGAGGUGUGCGAACGCUCCUGCGAGGAGCUGGGAAACAUGGUCCAGGAGCUCUCGGGGCUCCACGUCCUCGUGAACCAGCUCAGCGAGAACCUCAAGAGAGUGUCGAAUGAUAACCAGUUUCUCUGGGAGCUCGUUGGUGGCCCUCCUAAGACAAGGAACAUGUCAGCUUGCUGGCAGGAUGGCCGGUUCUUUGCGGAAAAUGAAACGUGGGUGGUGGACAGCUGCACCACGUGUACCUGCAAGAAAUUUAAAACCAUUUGCCACCAAAUCACCUGCCCGCCUGCAACCUGCGCCAGCCCGUCCUUCGUGGAAGGCGAAUGCUGCCCUUCCUGCCUCCACUCGGUGGACGGUGAGGAGGGCUGGUCUCCGUGGGCGGAGUGGACCGAGUGCUCUGUGACGUGUGGCUCUGGGACCCAGCAGAGAGGCCGGUCCUGUGACGUCACCAGCAACACCUGCUUGGGGCCCUCCAUCCAGACACGGGCUUGCAGCCUGAGCAAGUGUGACACCCGCAUCCGGCAGGACGGCGGCUGGAGCCACUGGUCACCUUGGUCUUCAUGCUCUGUGACCUGUGGAGUUGGCAAUAUCACACGCAUCCGUCUCUGCAACUCCCCAGUGCCCCAGAUGGGGGGCAAGAAUUGCAAAGGGAGUGGCCGGGAGACCAAAGCCUGCCAGGGCGCCCCAUGCCCAAUCGACGGCCGCUGGAGCCCCUGGUCCCCGUGGUCGGCCUGCACUGUCACCUGUGCCGGUGGGAUCCGGGAGCGCACCCGGGUCUGCAACAGCCCUGAGCCUCAGUACGGAGGGAAGGCCUGCGUGGGGGAUGUGCAGGAGCGCCAGAUGUGCAACAAGAGGAGCUGCCCCGUGGACGGCUGUUUAUCCAACCCCUGCUUCCCGGGAGCCCAGUGCAGCAGCUUCCCCGAUGGGUCCUGGUCAUGCGGCUCCUGCCCCGUGGGCUUUUUGGGCAAUGGCACCCACUGUGAGGACCUGGACGAGUGUGCCCUGGUCCCCGACGUCUGCUUCUCCACCAGCAAGGUGCCUCGCUGUGUCAACACUCAGCCGGGCUUCCACUGCCUGCCCUGCCCGCCCCGAUACAGAGGGAGCCAGCCCGUCGGGGUCGGCCUGGAAGCAGCCAAGACGGAAAAGCAAGUGUGUGAGCCCGAAAACCCAUGCAAGGACAAGACACACAACUGCCACAAGCACGCGGAGUGCAUCUACCUGGGCCACUUCAGCGACCCCAUGUACAAGUGCGAGUGCCAGACAGGCUACGCGGGCGACGGGCUCAUCUGUGGGGAGGACUCGGACCUGGAUGGCUGGCCCAACCUCAACCUGGUCUGCGCCACCAACGCCACCUACCACUGCAUCAAGGAUAACUGUCCCCAUCUGCCAAAUUCUGGGCAGGAAGACUUUGACAAGGACGGGAUUGGCGAUGCCUGUGAUGAUGACGAUGACAAUGACGGUGUGACCGAUGAGAAGGACAACUGCCAGCUCCUCUUCAAUCCCCGCCAGGCUGACUAUGACAAGGAUGAGGUUGGGGACCGCUGUGACAACUGCCCUUACGUGCACAACCCUGCCCAGAUCGACACAGACAACAACGGAGAGGGUGACGCCUGCUCCGUGGACAUUGACGGGGACGAUGUCUUCAAUGAACGAGACAACUGUCCCUAUGUCUACAACACUGAUCAGAGGGACACGGACGGUGACGGUGUGGGGGAUCACUGUGACAACUGCCCCCUGGUGCACAACCCCGACCAGACCGACGUGGACAACGACCUUGUCGGGGACCAGUGUGACAACAACGAGGACAUAGAUGACGACGGCCACCAGAACAACCAGGACAACUGCCCCUACAUUUCCAACGCCAACCAGGCUGACCACGACAGAGACGGCCAGGGCGACGCCUGUGACCCUGAUGAUGACAACGAUGGAAUCCCCGAUGACAGGGACAACUGCCGGCUUGUGUUCAACCCAGACCAGGAGGACUUGGACGGUGAUGGACGGGGUGAUAUUUGUAAAGAUGAUUUUGACAAUGACAACGUCCCAGAUAUUGAUGAUGUGUGUCCUGAAAACAAUGCCAUCAGUGAGACAGACUUCAGGAACUUCCAGAUGGUCCCCUUGGAUCCCAAAGGGACCACCCAAAUUGAUCCCAACUGGGUCAUUCGCCAUCAAGGCAAGGAGCUGGUUCAGACGGCCAACUCGGACCCUGGCAUCGCUGUAGGUUUUGACGAGUUUGGGUCCGUGGACUUCAGUGGCACAUUCUACGUAAACACUGACCGGGACGACGACUAUGCUGGCUUCGUCUUUGGCUACCAGUCAAGCAGCCGCUUCUAUGUGGUGAUGUGGAAGCAGGUGACGCAGACCUACUGGGAGGACCAGCCCACGCGGGCCUAUGGCUACUCCGGCGUGUCCCUCAAGGUGGUGAACUCCACCACAGGGACGGGCGAGCACCUGAGGAAUGCGCUGUGGCACACGGGGAACACACCGGGGCAGGUGCGAACCUUAUGGCACGACCCCAGGAACAUUGGCUGGAAGGACUACACGGCCUACAGGUGGCACCUGACUCACAGGCCCAAGACCGGCUACAUCAGAGUCUUAGUGCAUGAAGGAAAACAGGUCAUGGCAGACUCAGGACCUAUCUAUGACCAAACCUACGCUGGCGGGCGGCUGGGUCUAUUUGUCUUCUCUCAAGAAAUGGUCUAUUUCUCAGACCUCAAGUACGAAUGCAGAGGUGAGUGUGAGCACUUCAGGUUAGUGGGGAAGGCAUGUGGCACCCAGAAAAGGAAAGGGGUCCCACCCAUCCUCAUUGUGCCAUAUCCUAGAGUUUCCUAG